AUGGUCACUGUUUGGCCUCAUCAUCAACUAUCAUCAUCCACUCAUUGUCACUGCUUAUGACACUCUUGUUCAUCUCAACUAAGCGAUAAGGGAAACCAAAAAACGAAAAGAAAGAAACUUUUGAUGAUGAUGACAAUGAAGACCUCACCAUCCAUCUGUAGUAACAGUUUCAUCUUCCGUUCUUCUCCAUCAACACAAAACUCUCACAGUUUCUCACCUUUUCUGGUCAAAUCCAUGGCUACUCCCAAAACUCCUCCCCCAUCUGUUUCUAAAACCGUAUCUUCUAAAAAGAAUUCAACUGUAUUCCCACUUGGGGAAAAACCAAGGAAUGCUGUAACAUCAGCACCAUCCAUAAAACUUCUCACAAGAAUGGAACAACUGAGACUGUUAACUAAAGCCGAGAAAGCGGGGCUAUUAUCAGCGGCAGAGAAAUUCGGACUUUCUCUUUCAACGAUAGAGAAGCUUGGUCUCCUUUCAAAAGCUGAAGAACUCGGUGUUUUAUCUGCUGCUACUGAUCCAACAACACCAGGAUCACUCUUCACACUCAGCUUGGUUUUACUUGUUUUAGGACCUUUGUUUGUUUACCUUGUUCCUGAAGAUAACUUUGGUGAGAUUGGAUUACAGGUUGUGGUUGCUUUGAUCAGUGUUGUUGGUGGUUCGGCGGGUUUUGGUGCAUCAAGUUUUGUGUCUAACUUGCAGAAACUAAAAUAAGUUUAUGAUGUUCGGCAGGGCCGACAUAUUUCAACGAGGCCUUAUUUAGUUAUGGUUUAACUAUGUCAAAAUUUGGGUCCUGUGGGAUAAUCCGCCUUACACGCCCUCAAAGACGGCCCUGAUGUUUGCUUUAUCUCUUUUGGUUUGUUAUAUAAGUUAUAUUAGUUCUUUGUAAUUUUAUUGCAUUAUCAUAUAUGAAGAGAAGAGAAAUACUGAAUGGAUUCAUUUGUUGAUUUGUGAAUGAUACAAAUAUCUUUUAUAUAAGGAUAAUAAACAGAAUUAACUGAUUC